UCACUCAAAAAAUAACCUUUUCUAUUUCCUACUAUAAAUCUGGAUUAGAUCCAUGAAUUUACAAACAAUCCUCUCAGUUCUAUACUUAUUAUUAUCAUUCGUCGGGACUUCUCUGAAUCUCAAUGAUUCAUCAACAAAUGCAGUAUUAGAAACGAGCAUCGCCCACCCUAACCCUCACAUUCGGGGCUCGUCGUACUCAGACGAAGAACCAGAAGUGGGAGACAUUAAGCAUCAUAUGUUCUUUUACGAGUUAGCUAAUUCUGAAACUGAAGAAUACAGAGCAAUAUGUGGAGGAUCCAUCAUUACAAGCACAAGAGUAUUGACAUCGUCGUAUUGUUUUUAUACAAACGCAAAAAGAAAAAAACGUGAUUUUCAAAAAAUUCGUGCCGUCGCAGCCGUGGUCCUAACAGUAAUUACACCGCGAAACAAAACGACUCGACAGUGGAGGAGAAUAAAGCAUGUCUACUUGCAAAUGUUCUACCGAUACCCCGCCUACAGUCUAGCACUCGCCGAAAUAAAUGAGCCCUGGGUUUUCAAUGAUUGGGUGUCAAAUAUUCCUUACGCUUCAGUUGAUCAAGAUUUCAACGGUAUUUGCUCGGGAAUUUAUGUAAAAGCUUUCGAGAGCUGGUCUAAAAACAGGAAACUCUACAGAGUCCCACUGCAGAUGGUCCAGACCUAUGAAUGUGAGCAGAAGUUAGUGCAGAACACGGAUCUGUUCCAAUGUACCGCGUUCGACCAAAGAUACGAUAUCUAUGCAUUCUUGGCCCUUGGCAGUGGUUUGGUGUGCUACAGAACUGGUGACCCAAAUGAGAAAGAUACGGGCAUCCUAAUAGGAGUGACCGUACAAAGUAAUAACGGCUUACCGACCUUUCAUCAUAAGGUGGCCUUGUUUCACAAAUGGAUCAAAGAUGGAGGAUGUCGAGUACAUUCAUCGAUUGCUAAGAUUAUUUCACUAUGCUUAAGCUUGUAUUAUAGUUUGUACUAAAGGAAAUUUGGAUGUGAUUAAUUUUAUUUAUAAGAUUUUAAAGGCAACGCACGCCGAGCUUAGCGUACAAUUUUCUUCAUAGCAUGAUAAACACUUAUGGAUGAAAAGUUUUGUCACCGAGGUGAGUAGAUUUUGGCUGAAUGACAAUGUUAAAUAAAGGGAAACGUACUUUAGAAAUGCGUCGUGAACGCACGAAAAGAAACCAAGAUAAAUAUAGAUAUAUAUAUAUAUAUAUAUUAAAAGUUAAAUAAUUGACCUUUAAAUACAUCGAAGACAAAGUUUCACUAAGGAAAGGUCUACAGAAAACAUUGUCUGAAUAUCAAGGUACCGAUACUCGUAACAAUAUGAAUUGAGUAAAAUGUGUGUUGCAU